AUGUCAUUUCGCCCAGAUUUUUGGGGUCGACUGAACCCGAAAUGGAGUCACUGUAACAAAGGCCGGCGCCAAUCGCCUAUCGACAUAAAUCCCGAGCUAUUACUGUAUGAUCCAGGUCUACUACCCGUCCACAUUAAUGGCGAUCACGUGAGCGGCAAACUGGUGAACACCGGUCGCAGCAUCACAUUCAAGAUAAAUGUGGAGCAGUCAGUGGUGCUGAGCUCAGGGCCCCUGUCCUAUCAGUACACACUGUCUAACAUAACACUGCAUUUCGGUCGCGAGAAUAAUAGGGGUUCGGAGCACACGAUAAGUGGCGUCCAGUUCCCGGGAGAGAUCCAAUUGUAUGCCUAUAACUCACAAUUAUAUUCUAAUUGGACGGAAGCCCGACACGAGGCCAACGGUUUGGCCGCCAUCUCAGUGCUCAUCGCCUUCUCCAAGAACUCCAAUCAGGCCAACACUCAACUCAAACACAUCACUCACGCCCUCAAGAAUAUCACUCAUAGAGGUGACUCCCAAUGGUUGAGUGCGCUAUCGAUUGUGGAAUUGUUGCCAACAAUCAAACACUAUAUCACAUAUGAGGGCUCAUUAACUCAGCCGGCAUGCCAUGAGACUGUCCAGUGGAUCGUAUUAAACAAACCUAUUUAUAUGAGUUCCCAUCAGUUUUAUCUACUGAGACACACAUUAAAAAGCGAUGGUCACGGAGAUAACUACCGGCCCACACAACCACUCAACCACCGGUCUCUCAGGUCUAACAUCUAUAAUGCAAAUCAGGAGACAAAUGAUGUAAAAGUGGAAGAAAUUGGUGAGAAUUCCUAUAAGAAGAUCUCGUGCUCUAUGGAGCGCUCGAUGACCUACAAAGCAAAUAUUAGAGUGAAUGAAGAGGUAUAGAGAAAAAAGGCAUUUAUAAAACACAACAAAAACUGUUUUUUGGUAUAAAAUAUGUGUUCAGUGUCUGAGAUAUUUGUGUUUUCAAUCUUAUGGCAAUUUUCGGGACCAUUUGCUUAAGUCUUUGCAAAACUUCACUUAUGUUUCAUCCGAUCGUCAAAACUCUGCAAAACUAAUGUGAAUUCGCACUCA